UUCGGUUCGGUUUUCACUGAACCGAAGAAAUCCAAUCGAUUUCGCUUUGGUUAGAACAAUCAAACCGAUAAUUGAACCAGUUAAAUACUAUCCGGUUUAGCUAACUCAAUCAAUCGGUUAGGGUCUUUUAAUUAGGGUUUUAAAGUUUCAGUCUCUCUCACUUCUUCUUUCACUCACAUAACAAAAAAAAAAACUUCGUUCACUUGCCGCAAAGUCGCCGGAACCAACUUACUUAGCUCACCGUCUCGCCGGAGUUUCGACAAUCAAAGCGAGAAGAAGCACGAAGAAUGAAUCAAAACGCCACGUUGACGGUGGAGGCUAGGGAUAUACUGAAAGAAGGAAUCGGUUUGAUACUUUGGCGGUGGACUGCUAUGCGAGCCGCCGUCGAAAACGGUUGGGGCGGCCGAGACUCUCAAGCCAAAGCCAACGAAACCGUUGCCACUGUUUUCGACUUUUUCAUCCAAUCAAAAGAUCCAGUGAAGGACAUUGAGAAAUUAGGUGACCUUCUAGAUAAAGGUCUUGAUGAGCUUAAUACUACAGCUGAAGAUGGAAGUGUCGAUGAGGUGGCGAACUUACUAGUAGAUUUGUACGAAGAUUGCUGUAACGGUAACUAUGAAAUGCUUGAGGAACUAAGGGCAACUUAUUCUCAGACGAGUGCAAGUGUUGUCAAGGUUUCAAACGGUGAUGACGAGGAAAGUGAUGAUGAAGAUGAUGAUCAAACCACUGACAUGAUGGUGGAUGCGUCUAACCAGAAACAAGAAGCCAUGCCUGUUGAUGAACCAGUAGCCGAUGAUGGUUGGACGGUUGUUUCGUCUAGAAAAAACAAGGGAAAGAGGAAUUAACCCGGUUUUGAUCCCCAAGGUGUUGUGUAAUUUGAACAGUUUUGUUUGGGUUGCUUUGUUUAUUUAUUUUGAUAAUAUUAUGAUAGUAUGACUUGUGUACCGUCACUUUAUAAACUAAAAUCAUAAGAUUGAGUUUUCACAUAUUAAUCUACUCUCACAUAAUAAUCUUAUGAUCCCAUCUUUGACGCCUAAAAAAAGACUCUUACCAGUUAUCAUCUCCUCCGCUUCAAGAUAAAUGUUUUUUUUUCUUUUUAAUAGAAU